UAAUUUUGGCCCGGAGUGAAGUGGUAUCCCCGGUUCAAUUUUCCGUGUUUUGUUUUAAAACAAAUGAUAAUAAACAAAUUGUUGCACACGGAUUACCAAAGUGAAAAAUGCUAAUCGGAAUAUGUGAAAACUUGUGUGUGCCAGGGUAGUGUGAGUUUUUACUCAGAAAAGUGUACAUGCAGAAAGAUAAUCGAUUUGUCAACGCGAGGUUUAGAUUACAAUUUUCGGUGCACUAAUUGACCCAAGGUGCGUUCGCUCAUUAAUUCAUAACUGUGCCAUGUUUGGUGUCGUUUUAAUCGUCUUUUCACAGACAGUACGUUGAUAAUAACCAUUCCACAAAAUAAAUAACCUAGUAAUUAAUUAUCGAGAAAAACGCAUCUAACCGUUUGCUCCAGCUAGAUUAACAAGUUUUGAUAAUUGUUACCGGUGGUGGAGUGUGCGGGAGACAAACGCGUUGUCUAUUUACAUAAUUCCAUUGUUUUCACGGACUACUUUUUAACACUUAAUUCAUUGCCGAUCAUUUUUGUUCACCCUGUUUGUUCUUCUAUAUGCCAUCAGUGUUAGUUUUGUUGUGUUGCUAAUGAAUCCAAUAUUCCAAUUCGGCCUUAUUUCAUGCAGCUGAUCGAAACACUGGGCUCUCAUGGAGAAAAUGGAAGUUGAUGAGGCUGUUGUGGAUUUAAGUGUUAGCUCCAACAGACCGUCGUCACCUUCCAGCGUAGCCAGCGCCAACUCGGCCUCACCGGCCGCCCCCUCGAUCAACAACUCGACCCCCAACCCGCCGCAACCGCCGCCCGUAAACAACAACAACAACGCAGCGGCCGUAGCCAACGCGCUAGGGAACGUACCGUCGGCCGCGCAGCAGCCUAUGGUAAACUCGCGCAGGGUGCUGAGACCGCGCAUCGAACCGCGCAGCUACGUCGAGAGUCCCGACGUGCUCAUCAACGGCACCUUCGACAAACCGAGGACCAACGGGAAUUUCGAUUACAGCAGCGACUCGAGCGAGGGAGAGAUGCCGCCGCUAGCGCCGAUCAAGGAGCUGUCGCCCUCUGAGCUCAAGCAAAGGGACCGCGGCUUGAGACGGUUGCGCGAAGAGCUGCGCGCCGAAGAAAUGAAACUCGUCCUCCUGAAAAAGCUGAAGCAAUCGCAGCAGCUCAAGGAAAACGUCGCGGUGUUGCCGCCCAGCAUACCGCAGUCGGCGUUGCCGCCUACGGGGCUCCCCAGCGGCCUGAGCAUCACGCCGACGACGGUGAAGGUGCCGCCCCCCGGAGCCAAGCAACCGCAAGCUGCGCACUCGCGGCACUCGUCGUCUGCGCAGCCGCAAGCGGCGCACAAGCCCGGACAGGGUAGUGUAUCAACCCUUUUAAGAGGGCAACCCCAAUCUCGUUCAGGCUUGCACCAGUCGCAACUGGGAAGUUCUUCGCUAAGCGGACGCGGUGCUAAUUUGUCCGUACCCCAACCGCCCCAGAGGUCGUCCUUGGGCAGGACGUCUUCAGGAUUCCCGUCGGGAAUCAAGGAUCUAUCGCCAUCGGUCACUAUAACACCUGCACCGCCGCAAUCUGUUAAGGAUCGUUCUCGAGAUGACAACCAAACUCCUGCACAAAGACAAGCUGCAGCCAAAUUGGCUCUUAGAAAGCAGCUGGAAAAGACUCUGUUACAGAUUCCUCCCCCCAAGCCCCCACCGCCAGAGAUGCAUUUCAUCCCGAACCCCAGCAACACGGAGUUCAUCUAUCUGGUCGGCCUGGAGCACGUGGUCGAUUUCCUGACCAAGGACUCGAAGAUCCCGCCGCCGCCUGCUCCGUUCUCUUGCAGCCAGUGCUCGCUUGAUUUCACGCCCGUUUGGAAGUGGGAGGGCAAAGGCAAAUCAAAAGGAAAUAAGGUUAUUUGCGAGCAGUGCGUUACUAAUAACGUGAAGAAGGCUUUGAAGGCCGAGCAUACGAAUAGGCUGAAGACUGCGUUCGUUAAGGCUUUGCAACAGGAGCAGGAAAUUGAACAGAGGCUUGCACAGAACGGAGUCUUUACUUCGAGCUCGCCGGCUCCUUCGCCGGUGACACCGGAGGUUUCCGUACCAAAAUCGGUGACGCCGACGCCGGUAGCGCGUCACAACGCGACGCCCCCUGCGCCGCCCGCGCAGCAGACGCCGCCGCCGUCGAGGAGUUCGCACUCGUCGUCGGCCGCCGACAAGUUCUCGUCGGCCGCCGCCAUGCAGGCCAUACAUCAACAGCUACUGCGCAGCAUUACAGCAGGUGGCCCGCCAGCCGCCCACAUGCUCCAAUUCUCGCCCCUGUUCUACCCGUAUCAGCUGGCGAUGGCGGCGCAGGCGCAGGCCGCCGCCAGCGGCAAAGGCAACUCUCAGGUCGACAUACAGCGCGCAGUCGACAUGCAGCGCCAGUAUCUGCUCGACAUGAUACCGCCACCUAGCGGCGGCAGCCAGCGUCACAACUGGAAGACAUGAUCUGUGUUGCGAGGAGUGUUAAAGGAGACCUAUUGCCCCCGCCCCCAAUGUUUUAUUAAAUGUUAAAUAAAGACUUUGCCCUCGGUGCAAAAAAGGUGAUUUUUAACUUAAUGGUUUUUAGUUUGGACUGCAGUACUGCACAGAUUCGUCGGGUUUGGUUUUAUCGGUAUUUUUACGGCUUGCAACGAAAAAGACUAUGGGAAUAAUAAUGGUUUAUUUAAUUGUUUUAGGGUUUAAAGUUUAAAUAAACAAAUCUGUUUUAACUUAAAGCAGAUUUGUCAAUGUAAACUUUGUUUUGUUAAGUUUUGGUUAAAGUAAGUAAAAUCAUUACUAACAUGCCCAUAAAUGUUUUUUUAGAAAUCUUGUUUUUAAAUUUGGACUAAAAUAUUACAUUUUAUAUUCACUUUUGCUCUUUUUAUUAUUAAAACUAAUC